AUGAUUCACGCCAUCCUUGCCGUUGGCCUCAUGGCCGCCAGCGCCUCAGCCCAAGCCAGAUACGCCUCAGACGGCUUCAAAUACGUCGGCUGCGUGCAGGCCAGAGCGUGCGAGUUCCCCGUCAAGAUGGACCUCGGCGACUCCUUCACCAUCGCGCAGUGCCAGCAGGCGUGCGGCAAGAGCAGCUCGUUCGCGGCGGCAACUGUGGAUGGCUGCCACUGCGAGGACCCCAUGUCGCGCGCCGCGCCCGUCUACGACGUGGGCGACGACACGAGAUGCUCCCGCGCGUGCAGGCCGGGCGACGCCGACGCCGGGCAGUGCGGCGGCCCCGUCCCGGCCGACAGGUACCGCGUGUACAACGUCUACCAGCGCGUCGCCGCGGAGCCCGCCGCGGUCCCCCGAGUCACGCUGCGCCCCGCCGCCGAUGCGACCCCCGCCGCCCGCAAGACCGCGGCCACGCAUGCCGCCGAGACGGCCGUCAUUGGGACCGCCACGGGGGCGUCUCACCCGCCCGCCUCGUCCCACGCCCAGGAGCAUCUGCCGCCGUCGCCGGCCGAGACCCGCGGCGCAGUGGCCUGCUCUAACUGCACGGCCCCGGCGGCGCCCACCGCGCCCACCGCACCCUUCCGAACCGCCGGGAACAAGCCCGCAGUUGUUUCUCUUCCGUCACGCCCGUGCCGAGGCGCCGAGUGCCCCGAGAGCCGGGUUCUGCCGCUCUCUUCCAAGGCUGCCCCUGCCGCUGCCGCCCCCAGCCACUCCGUGAUUGUGAGCGGGGGGCCAUGUCGACCCGCCGGCGCCAUUGCCGUAGCGCUAGGUAUGGCCGCUUUUGUUCUCGCCGUGGGAAUGUCUUGA